AUGUCUUCAGUGUGGAAGACUCCCCGUGGAUCAGAUGCAAUGCCUGAAAUGGUGGUGAAAAUCAUCGGAAGUAAACACUUUCGGUACCUCCUGGAGAAGCCCAAGAUCAACGAGAAUGAGAACCCGAAGGCAGAAGCUCCAAGAGUAUUCCAGAAAUCUGUGCCUGGUAACGCAAGGCAGGUGAGCAGAGACCGCCCAGCGCCUAGCAAUGCCACUGAUCAUCAAAUCGAUCACGGCCCAGAUGAUGUGGCAGAGAGCAAGCACCCGGAGAACAAGCAGGAGCCAGAGAACAACCACAAGCUCCCAACAGGAGCGCUCGGGAGCAGAUUUCUGGAUGACAACGCAACUGUCCACUGCAGCUCUGUACCAACUGGAGACCAGUCCUUGUCCUAUAUCCAUGGCCUCCCCAGGAGAAAACUUAAAGACUGGUCCUUGGAUCAGAUGGCAAGGGGAGCUUCUGAGCAGCCUGAGGAUAUUGGCCAGAGGCCAAGUGGAACAGCAAAAGAAGACACUUUUCUUCUCGCCCUGGUCAGAAGAGAACUUGAGUCAUAUCCUUUGAAAUCUGGCUUAUUAGAUAAGCUUCGAAAAGAGCUGAAAGUUCUGGAUCCCAUCUUUUCAGGAUUUCUUCUUCAAUCUCAGCUGAGCCACCUCUUCUUGAAGCAUGAAGUCCCUCUGCAGUUACCAACAGUCAAGAUCCUCUGCCAGAGGUUUUCCAAGAGCGGCUCUCCUGAAAUGGUGAACUAUGAGAAGCUACUGUGUUUUGUGGAAGUGGCCGCUUCAGAUGAGCCACGGCGAAGCAGAAGCAUGGUGGGCAGCCGCCCGAGGGAAGCCCAGGGUGGUGACCGUCGCAGCUCCAGUGCUGCCCCUCAAGACUCCAACUCUCCAUCGGAAGUGAACAAGAGCCUGCUGGAGAUCUUGAAGAUGGCACUAAGGACAACCAACGGCAAACUCAACCUAGAGGGCCUCAAUCUGAGUUUUCGAAAAGAAGAUCACGGCUUCUCUGGCUUCCUGCCCCCACCCAAGGUCAAGGCUAUCUGUGGGAAACAUGGACUAUAUCUGACUCUGGGUCUCCUGGAAACAUUGCUUAACCACCAAGAUUUGGCAUACCAAAAUGAAAUAAAAUGGCAGAAUUUUGUUGAGCUGUUGAACAGAGCUUCCUCUGAUUUGUCAUCUGAUUUGCCUACAGGAAAGAUUGGAAAAGAAACCUCUGCCACUCCAGUGCAGGCCGAAGUUACUGAGAUGUCUCGAGGCAGCACUGACCAUGCGAAACCUCCAGAAGAGGAGCUGCAGCCAGAAAACCUUCCUGCUGAGACUUCAGUUCCCAAAGAUCCCCUGAGCUCUUUGAUGAUCAGGCCAGUCUCCCAACCUUUUGUGAGUCCAGCCAUGAAGAACAAGUGUGAAGAAUGUGAGCCGUGGAUCGACAGGUUCAGGAAGCUGGAAAAUGCCCUCUACCUGUGUGAUCUGAGUAACGCAGGAGCCCUGGAGAAGGAGCGAGCCAGGCGCCUCAUUCACAACUACAACCUCAUUUACAACCUGUCCCUGAGCCCUCGGAAAAUCGACCAGGCCUUGAGGAGAUUUCGUUCGGGAGAAAAUAUGCUCUUGGAACCAGCACUCCGGUACUUAAAGGAGCUAUGAUAACAAGCCCAUAUUGUGAGAACAGAUGUUUCCUUUAUCUCCCUUUUUACCCAGACGCGUGUUUAUGCCCAGCCUGAGUGUAGCGGUGGAGGCAGACGCUGUCAGAGUGGAGGCCCAUGCAGCUAAUGUAGAUGCUUUGGACUUGGACUUGGUUUCUGGCUGUGAUGCUUGCUCAUAAGCAGCUCGAAGUGAUCCGAGAAAACCAGGUUUUCUCUUCUGAAGUGGAAAGAACCCAAUUUCUUAAAAUCUUCUAUUCUAAUAAAGUUUAUUAUGAAUAUUA